AUGAGCUCAACCCGCCCCAAAACCCUCACAGUCUCGCUCCCCGAGCUCGCAAAGAUGAUCGACCACUCCCUUCUCCAUCCAACUAUGACAGACGACGAUGUAGCCGCCGGUCUCGCCAUCUCAAAAAAGUAUUCCGUCGCCACCGCUUGUGUGAAACCUUACCACAUCCUCUUCGCCAAAAAGCUGCUCGAAGGUUCCUCCGUUCUCAUCUGUCCUGUCAUCGGGUUCCCGCAUGGGAAUAGUACGACGGAGGUCAAAGUGUUUGAGGCAAGUAGAGCAGCGGAUGAAGGAGGCAAGGAGAUCGAUAUGGUGGUUAAUGUAGGUAGGGUGUUGAGUGGGAAGUGGGAGUUUGUCAAGGGGGAGAUUGAGAAGGUUAAUGCUGCUGUUGUGGAGAGGGGUGCUAUUCUAAAAGUCAUAUUCGAGAAUGAUUAUCUGGGAGAGAAGGAGAUCAUCAAGCUAUGUGAGAUCUGCACUGAAGUCGGCGUGGCGUUCGUGAAAACGAGCACGGGGUAUGGAUUUGUGAAGCAGCCGAAUGGCGAUUACAAUUAUAAGGGGGCGACGAUUGAGCAUUUGGAGUUGAUGAAGAAACAUGUUGGUCCAAAUAUGAGGAUUAAGGCUGCGGGAGGUGUGAGGACGUUGGAUGAUUUGCUGAGGGUGAAAGCAGUGGGUGUUGACAGGGUUGGUGCCACCGCCACCGGGGUGAUUCUAGAUGAGGCGGUUAGGAGAGGAAUAGGGGCUGAGAGGGUGGAGGUUGAGGUUCCGCCUUUUCCGACGGAGCAAGAAAGUGGCGGCUAUUGA